AUUAAGAAAUAAUUUUAGGAGGUAAAGUAGAAGAAAGUGAGGCGCGUUGAUAUCAUCGCUUGUGGGACGGGAGGGUGAUGAACAGUGAGAAGCGGGCUGGCGGCGGUGGCGUCACCGGAGAGAUGCGGGCAGCUUUUUUUCCGUUUAUCUCUCGUGUGUGCCAUCAUAGCUCUGCGUGCGCCGAUUGCGGAACACCCUAACCUCCGCCGCAUGCCGCCGUCUUGUGCCCAAAGUAAGCAAUCGUCGACAACCGGCUUCCUUAACUUGUCGGAGGCAGGGAUUGCGAAGAGAGCCAUGUCGGAAGCUCGAGUGUACGCCGAUGUCAACGUGCUUCGUCCUCGGGAGUACUGGGACUACGAGUCCUUCACUGUUCAGUGGGGUAAUGAGGAUGACUACAAAAUCAUUCGAAAAGUUGGAAGAGGAAAGUACAGUGAAGUUUAUGAGGGAAUACGUGUUAGUAGCAACGAGAAGUGCAUAAUUAAGAUUCUGAAGCCGGUUAAGAAGAAAAAGAUAAAGAGAGAGAUCAAAAUAUUGCAAAACCUCUAUGGUGGGCCAAAUAUUGUCAAACUUCUCAACACUGUCAGGGAUCAGCACUCAAAAACUCCAAGCUUGAUAUUUGAGUAUGUGAAGAAUACGGAUUUCAAGGUUUUAUACUCCACAUUAACAGAUUAUGACAUAAGUUACUACAUAUAUGAGCUUCUUGAGGCGUUAGACUAUUGUCAUUCGCGUGGAAUAAUGCAUAGAGAUGUCAAGCCUCAUAAUGUUAUGAUAGACCAUGAGUUGCGAAAGCUUCGCUUGAUUGAUUGGGGGCUUGCUGAAUUUUACCACCCAGGAAAGAAAUAUAAUGUACGUGUGGCUUCAAGGUACUUUAAGGGUCCUGAACUUCUGGUUGAGUUGCAAGACUAUGACUAUUCUUUGGAUAUGUGGAGCCUUGGCUGCAUGUUUGCUGGAAUGAUCUUCCGCAAUGAACCUUUCUUUAAAGGACGGGAUAACCAAGACCAGCUUGUCAAAAUUGCCAAGGUUCUUGGGACAGACAAGUUGAAUGCAUAUUUGCAGAAAUAUCAUUUAGAGCUUGAUCCUCAGCUUGUCGCUAUGGUUGGGAGGCACAGCAGAAAGCCCUGGUCCAAAUUUAUAAAUGCAGAUAAUCAACAUCUAGUAUCGCCUGAGGCCAUUGAUUUUCUCGACAAACUUCUUCGAUAUGAUCAUCAGGAUAGGCUCACAGCAAGAGAAGCAAUGGCUCACCCAUAUUUCUUGCUAGUGAGGGCUGCUGAAAAUGGCAGAAAGCAGCCACAUUCAUGGUCUGAACUCUGAAGGAGAGACCCAUACUGAUAUAAUUUUCGCGCAAUGGGGUGCAGAGUUGAGUUGUGUAUGUCUCAUUUUGUACAGUCUCCCACAUCUCGCAUGAUGUAGGCAUAUUACCGAACCACGUAAAUUUUGUUUCUUUAUUUUGUUGUGCCAUUGAUAUAAUUCCCAGAGAUGUACUGUUACCUAGAUUGUUAUGAUACCAUAUCAAAACCCCAGUUUUGUUCGUAAAUUUUGUUUUUAUUGUG